AUGGGUGCCGCUGGUUACUUUCAUAGGCAUAUUAAGGAUCAUUCGAAAAUAAGUGCUCCCCUCUCUGACUUGACUAAAAAGAACUCUAAUUUGCCCUUUGAAAUUCAUACUGAUGCAAGUCAACUUGCUGUCUGCUUGUCUGAUCCAAAAGUACGAUGGGAAACCACCCCGUUUCCUAUUUUAGUCAUAAGCUUAGAAGUGCCCGAGAUUCGCUAUUCAGCGACUGAACUUGGGGCCUUACCAAUUAUUGAGGCAAUAAAAGCAUUUCAUCCCUAUAUAUAUGGUCGUAAAUUUCAUGUCUACACUGAUCACAAGCCGUUAGUUUAUAUCUUUAAAGAUUUUACUAGUUUAGAUGCUAAUAGUUUUCCGAGCAUUGAAGGCCCCCCUUUACAAAGAGAUCUUGAAGUUUUCAUUGAAGCCCCUUUACAAAGAGUUCAUUGA